AUGGAUCGGUUAAAGUCGUUGGGAAGUGUGCUUUUUGGGAUACCAUGGAAAUCUCGGGAGAUGGAAGAUGAUACCGAUGAAGGAGAUUUGGUUCAUAGAAUAACACGAGAAGAAUACGAGGAACCAAUUCGGGAUGCCUACGUGGAGUCAUUGGCACGUAUGCCAUAUGCAGAACUUGAUGACAAAUACAACCCAGGUCCAACAUUGCCAGAUGGAAGUGUGAACUUUGAGUGUCACUGUGUUGGUCACUUAGUCGCCAGUCCAUGCGGUCAUGAAUUUCGUGAAGCAAUAAAGUGCCAGAAAAGUGCUGGGGAAGCAGCCUUAGAGGAAGGAGCUUGUGCCACAGAGUUCAUGAAUUUUAUGGAUUGUGUUAUCCGAACGGGAUGCUUUAAAAGUACGCGUGAUCUUAAUGAAGAUGAGGAUAAUGAAGAGCAGAAAAACGCUAAAUUAGAGGAUUCGGUGCACUCUGAUCAAGCGUAA